AACCGCGUCUGGCUCUUCCAUGGAAGCGCUGCUUUGAUACGGGAGUAUGGGUUCUGCAGUCACCAGCAUGAAGAACCGUGCGAGUGGCUCAGGGACAGUGCAGGAAUCAGUUCAAGAUUUGGAUGAGAUGUGGAGCAUUGUUGAUAGCUGGACCCCCAAGGCCUUGCCCAGUUCCUCAUGUUCACAUUUAAAGGGCUGGAAAACAGUCAGAGUUUUUGUCUCGUCAACAUUUGGAGAUUUUCAUUCGGAGAGGGAAGUACUUAUAAAGCAGGUGUUCCCAGAGCUCAGGGAGUGGUGUGAGGCCCGCAAUCUCUGCCUGGUAGAAUGUGAUUUAAGAUGGGGAAUACCCCAAGACACACCUUCCAGCAAAAUUCUGGCCACUUGCCUUGGUGAGCUGGAUAGAUGUAAGCAGGACACAUAUGAAAACCCCCUGAUGGUAAUAUUGCUGGGAGAGCGUGCUGGCUGGAUACCGGAUAUUUCUGAGGUUCCCUCUGAGGUUGUAGAACAGUACCACUGGAUACCUGGCAUGUCUAUUACAGGGAUGGAGAUUCUUCAUGGUGCUUACAGAAACUCCAAUCCCAAUGCUGCAUUUUGCUUUCGAGAUCCUUCCUUUCUAGGUCAGUUGCCUCUGCAGGAGCUAACACAAUAUCAAGAAACAGGCCAGAAGGCAUUAUUGAUGCAGUCCCUGAAGCAACAUGUGUGCCACCGCUUUACUGCAAAGCAGAUAUUGAAGUAUAAGUGCAAGGUGCAAGGCAAAGACUGUACUUCAGGUUCAGAAAAGGUCAGAUUGGGCUUCUCCUGUGAAUUUACUUCCUGGAUUCUACAGUUCCUCAAGACAAGGAUCAUAGAAACCUUUCCAGGGCAUACGGAAGCUUUUUCUGAAACUGAGAAGCCAUCUUGGGAACAGACAGAGGAAACACAACACCAAUUAUUCCUUCAGCAGAGAUGCCAGCUUUUUCUGGGUCGUGAUCUUGAAGUGCAGAGGAUUCUUGAGUUCCUACAGGUGGAAUUCAAAGAUUCCACACAGCAAAUAAACUGUGUGGUUACAGAAGCAGAAGGGGGGGUUAAGCUUCCCUGUACCCCUGUUUUGCAGAUAAUAUCAGAACCUGGCAUGGGCAAGUCCUCCUUACUAGCUGCCUGCUUAAUGAGAGCUGUUGAGAUACCUAACAUGUCGGUAUUUUACCAUUUUACUGGCUGUUGUCCCUCAUCUGCCCAACUCAGCAACCUUGCAAUGCGUGUCUGUUGCCAUGUCCUGCCAGCUGGCCCAGAGCGUGAGGAUGUUAUGCAAAGGUUAAGAGAUUGUAGUAGAAAUGAGGACCUUAAAGAAGUUAUGAGGCAAAUUCUAAAAUCAAGUCCAGUCUCACCCAACAAAACUCUGUGUUUAUUUAUCGAUGCUGUAAACCAGCUAUCUAAUCCACGUGAUGUCUCAGAUCUCCUGUCCUGGCUGACCACAGAUGGUUUCUUACCACCUUCUUGCAGAUGUGUCUUUAGCAGUACUAUCACUAAUGCACAUUCACCUUUCAGUUUGCAAUUGGAACUCCUAUCACCACAGUCUUCUCAGGAAUUGGCUGUCAAGUUUCUGUCCCGCUACAGCAAGUCCCUAAGUACUGAUCAGCUCAGUCUCUUACUGCAAAACACCUGUUCUCAGAACCCACUAUGGCUCUCCCUGGCCUGUGAGGAGUUGCGUGUCUUUGGAGUAUUUGAGACACUUACCCAGAAGAUUGCAGGGUUCCCUAACACCCUACAAGGGCUUUUAGGAAAUAUUAUACAGCGUCUAGUACAAGAGGAUCUAGCAGCUAGAGUGAAAAAGUUACUGUGCCUGAUGCAUUGCUCUCCUGAGGGAGGCAUUGAGAGAGACCUGUGUGGAGCACUAUCUGAGCUAGAAGGUGGUCCUGACAUACCACCAUUGCACUGGGUUGCCCUUCGCAGAACUUUGGGUUGCCUAUUACGGUUAGGCCAGGACCACAGAGGGAGAGAUACUCUUAGUUUCUUCCAUGGUAGUGUUGUAAAGGCAAUAGAGCUGUCAUUGCUACAAACAGAGGCAUCCCGGCAGCCAUAUCUAAGUAGCAUGUCCAGUUACUAUGAGCACCGCUGUUCAGAUGAUAUGACUGUGGUGUCCCAGCUGCCACGUCUGCUGCAAGAGGCUAAGUUAGGUGAACGCUUGAUUCAUUUCUUAAGGAAAGACCCACGGGCCCUCUGCAUCCCUGCACAAAUGCGCGCUCAAUAUAUGAAGGUUUUGCGAUGCUCUCAAGUAUGCAGGGAUGGCUUCCCCAGGUCUCCUGCUCUCCUCUGCUCAUUCUGUUCUCUGAAGACCAGAGCAUUUGGCCAGCUUUUUUUGAACAAACAGAGCUGUGUUGUUUGUGGUGCCACUGUCAUGAUCAAUGAAAGGGAAGCAUUCUUGUGUCCUCAGCACUUCAGGCAUGGUGUUUCUGAGUGUCUGGUGUGUAAAACGCCAAUCCUCGGCCCUAAUAAACCAUCACCAGGCCUCUUGUGUAACUUCUGUGGUUUCUCCCAAACCUGUAUAACAAUAAAGUUGUGAAGAUUGUCUAAAUCCCUUACGAGACCCAACACCCUUACUUGGAUUUUGUCCUCCAAUGCUUUUAAUAAUAAAGGAAUAAUCUGGU